AUGCCGAAGGCAAGUUUUCACCCAGAUCAGUUCGAAGGGAUCCAACUCUCGUGCACGGGCCGCCGUCACCACCAGCACCACCAGGUAGAACCCUGGAGCACCUGCAGAUCAGCGAGCCGCCGGCACCACCGCAUCCAGAUCGCCGGCCACGCCGGGCCGCCGCCAUCCCCCGCGCCAUCCGGGUCAGAGACGGAGCCGCCGACCGCGCACAGGGACCACCGCCGCCUGCACACGCCGGAGCGCCGCCGAGAGCCCAGCGCCCGCCACCGCUUGCCGAGGGUCGCCGCCGCGCACAACCAGCCAGCCGACCACCUCCGGCGGAGGAGGAGGCCACCACCGCCACACUCGGGGCCGGAGACCCCGGAAAAUUUCCAUGGAUCAGCGAGCCGCCGGCACCACCGCAUCCAGAUCGCCGGCCACGCCGGGCCGCCGCCAUCCCCCGCGCCAUCCGGGUCAGAGACGGAGCCGCCGACCGCGCACAGGGACCACCGCCGCCUGCACACGCCGGAGCGCCGCCGAGAGCCCAGCGCCCGCCACCGCUUGCCGAGGGUCGCCGCCGCGCACAACCAGCCAGCCGACCACCUCCGGCGGAGGAGGAGGCCACCACCGCCACACUCGGGGCCGGAGACCCCGGCUUCAUCGUGCUGCGGGACUAGCCCAGGAACCCGCAAACUGACGUCGGAUGUUGAGAUGCAGCCGGUACAACAACCUGGGUGGCUGCCCGUCUGA